UUUAAUUAAGAAAAAGAAAUUCAAAAAAAAAAAAAAAAAGAAAGAAAGAAAGGAAAGAAAAAGAAAUCCCAUCAGACUCACCAACAUGAGAGUGCUGACUGUUGACUGUCCCCUCCCACCUCUCAUUACUAGAGUGUUCUCCAGUCUGUCUGGUUUUGUGAUUCUGUAAAGUGAGUGCUGAGUCCACUCUCACAGCAACAUUAUCCCCUGCUCCUUGAAGACUGCCCCUGGGUCCUGAAGAUGUGUCAUUUGCUUCCUCAGGCUGUCAUUGGAACCAUGGGGCCAAGUCAUGUCUGCCCACAGCUGCUGGCAUUUGCAUCCCUGGGCACUGAGGUCUGAAACUCGACCCUGGCAAGGGCCCUACCCCCUUGGAGGAAAUGGCUGAACAGCCCGAGCAACAGCAGAUGAAAACUUCCUUCCUCUUCAUCCAGCUGCAGGCCCCCCCUGCCCGAGCUCACCCCUCCCAGUCUCCAGCUACUGCAGCCUGGACAGCAGCCCCAGGGGGCCCGGAGGAGGGACACAUUUUCCCAAGUCCCAGGACUAGCUUCUUGGCAGGCCAGGACCUCAGGCACACACAGGGCUUGGCUGCUCCUCCCUCCCGCCUGCUGCAGAAGGGGGGCUCUGGGACAGAGGAACCAGCUGCUUUCAGUUGCUCUGCUCUGAAGGAGGAGGAGAGAGAGGAAAAAUCCCAGGAUCUGGAUGUAAGAAGAGGUGGUGUCUGCAGAACCCCACGUCACAGGCCUUCCCCGGCCCCCGCCUCCAGGAAAUUUGGACGACUACAGCCCCUGUCAUGCAGACUUCGUAGCCCAGCUCCCAUUAUGAGCAAUGAAAGCAACAAUCCCUCCAUGGGCUGGGAGCACUGGCCAGUCAUCACUGCCCCCCAGGACCUGUGGAGCAAGGACCCUUCGUCUUGGGAUGCCUUGGGAUGUUCAAUGCCACAGGCCAUCCUGGCUCAUGCUACUGACAGGGGUGAAAGUGCUAUGCUGAGGAGAGGUGUUGCUACCUGCCAGAUUCUUCCCAAGAGCUGUGAAGAGGGCACCAGCACCACUGUGCAAGCUAGGAGAGCAAGGCUCUACAGAUACUGUCCGCCCAUUCAGACCAGCAAGAGCUACCCAGCCCUGCCUGCCGCUCUGCCUCUGAAGGCAGAGACAUUUGUUUGGGUUAACAAUGCAUCGUCUCAUUCCCAGAGUGUUGCCAAGGCCAAAUAUGAAUUUUUAUUUGGCAUAUCUAAAGAGAAACCUCCAGAUACUAGUGAUCAUGGAGGAAGCACUUUACUCCCACCAAAUGUCACAAAUGAAUUUCCAGAAUAUGGGACCAUGGAGGAUAGUGGAGAAGGCCUAAGAACUUCUCUUGGGUUUGAUACAGAGUCUCUGCCAGGCUGCCCACAAGGGCAGCUGGGGGUCCAGCUUCUUCAUGGCCACCAGUCUGGGCUUGAGAGUGUUACCGACGGACCAAAAGAUGUCAGAGAGUCCCUCACUCAAAGUCACCUCAAGGAACAAAGUUUACAACCCAUUGACUCCUUGAUUUCAACUCUGAAAGCCACAGAAGCCAGAAAAGCUUCAGGAACAUUACGGGCUACAAAGGUACUGGACAAAGAUGCUAUUUCUAGUUUUUCAGUUCAGCAGGUGGAUAAAGAGCUGGACACUGUCCCUCAUAAAACAAAGAGACAGGGAGCCAAAAAAUUAUUUCCUGCUGGCCAAGAAAAAGCACCAGAUAUACCUCUUUCAGCUGAAGUUACGACUGAGGAGAACUUUUAUUUGAGCAUCCAGAAGGAUCAGACUGUACUAUUAACUGGAGAAGCUCAGGCAGAGCUUUCCAAGAUAACUAAUAAUGGUAGAAAAGGGGCUGUCCAUGUGCAGGAGCCAGCUUGUUCUAUAUCCUCCCUGGGGAGCCCAGCAGUGACGCAUACCUCUGCAGGCAGUGUUGCUCUUUUGAGAGAGAAGAGGUCUGAUCAAGGUAGCUCCACAGGACGCCCAGGCCGGGUCAAACAUGUGGAAUUUCAAGGGGUGGAAAUAUUGUGGACAGGAGGGGAGAAAAGAGAGAUACAGCAUCCUGUGGAUUUUGAGAUAUCAUUGGAAAGGAGCACCUCUCCUGAAAACAGAGAACUUUCCAGAGUGCCAACCCAUCUCAUUUCAUGUGCUGGUUUGUAUAAUUCAGUUGGUUUAACUGAGAGUGUUUGGGAUGAAACCUGGAGAUCAUCAGAGAAGCUGGGCACCAGCUCAGGGACGUUUUCCCCUCUGCCUCUUGUUGAGAGUGGAGAGGAUGAAGUCUUCCUAAAGGAAAACAAAGAACAUCUUGAGAAGAAACCUGAACUGGAGAGAGACAAGGAAAGGAUUCUUGAGCAAGAGGAGCACUUUAGGGGAGGAGAUGAUGAUGUCCUUGGGCCUGCGUGUACAGAGGACUCCACUGAUGUGUACAGCUCCCAGUUUGAAACCAUUUUGGACAACACUUCCUUAUACUACAGUGCUGAGUCCUUGGAGACGUUAUAUUCAGAACCUGAUAGCUAUUUUAGCUUUGAAAUGCCUCUCACUCCAAUGAUACAGCAGCGCAUUAAAGAAGGCAGUCAGUUUCUGGAGAGGACAACAGUGGCAGGACAGCAAGAUGUCCUGAGUGUCUCAGCAGAUGGUGGAAUAGUGAUGGGUUAUUCUAGUGGGAUCACCAACGGGCUGAAUGACACCAGUGACUCCAUCUACACGAAAGGCACACCAGAGAUUGCUUUCUGGGGAAGCAAUGCUGGGGUAAAAACAGCACUACUAGAGACUCAUUCUGAGAUGGGGAGCACUGAAAUUCUGGAAAAGGAGACCUCAGAAAGUCUCAGUAAUGGUACCAGCAGCAACAUAGAAGCAGCCAAAAGGUUGGCCAAACGCCUUUAUCAACUAGACAGAUUCAAAAGAUCGGAUGUCGCAAAGCACCUAGGCAAGAACAAUGAAUUUAGCAAACUAGUUGCAGAAGAAUAUCUGAAGUUUUUUGAUUUUACAGGAAUGACACUGGAUCAGUCUCUCAGGUAUUUCUUUAAAGCAUUUUCUCUUGUGGGAGAAACUCAAGAACGAGAGAGAGUUUUAAUACAUUUCUCCAAUAGAUAUUUUUACUGUAACCCAGACACUAUUGCUUCACAAGAUGGAGUCCAUUGCCUCACCUGUGCAAUGAUGCUUCUUAACACAGAUCUCCAUGGCCAUAAUAUUGGAAAGAAGAUGACCUGCCAAGAGUUCAUUGCAAACCUCCAAGGGGUAAAUGAAGGUGGUGAUUUCUCCAAGGAUCUACUGAAACCUCUUCCCCAGUCAACCUUCAAAAUGAUUGGCGUGAAUAGUGUUCAGAGUACCAGCAAGGUGCGAGUGAGGACCUCAGGUUCCGUGAAAUACUCCCGGGAGGAUUCUAUCCGGCGGCAGUCCCACCGGUCAAAGUCUAUGAAAAUUUCUAACUCCUCAGAGUUUUCUGCUAAGGAUACUAAGGCUCUGUACAACUCAAUUAAGAAUGAGAAGCUUGAAUGGGCAGUAGAUGAUGAGGAGAAAAAAAAAUCUCCAACUGAAGGAACUGAUGAGAAGGCUAAUGGAACACAUCCAAAGACCAUCAGUCGUAUUGGGAGUACUACCAACCCAUUCUUAGACAUUCCUCAUGACCCAAAUGCUGCUGUAUACAAAAGUGGAUUCUUGGCUCGGAAAAUUCAUGCAGAUAUGGAUGGGAAGAAGACUCCAAGAGGGAAGCGAGGAUGGAAAACAUUUUAUGCUGUACUAAAAGGAACAGUCCUUUACUUGCAAAAGGAUGAAUAUAAACCUGAAAAGGCCCUGUCUGAAGAGGAUUUGAAAAACGCCGUGAGUGUGCAUCAUGCGCUGGCAUCCAAGGCCAUAGACUACGAGAAGAAGCCGAAUGUACUUAAACUUAAAACUGCCGACUGGAGGGUCUUGCUUUUUCAAGCUCAGAGUGCAGAGGAAAUGCAAGGAUGGAUAAACAAAAUUAAUUGUGUUGCAGCUGUAUUUUCUGCACCACCAUUUCCAGCAGCCAUUGGAUCUCAGAAGAAGUUUAGUCGUCCACUUCUGCCUGCUACUACAACAAAAUUGUCUCAGGAGGAACAGCUGAAAUCUCAUGAAAGCAAACUGAAGCAGAUUACCACUGAGCUGGCUGAACACCGCUCAUAUCCCCCGGAUAAGAAAGUUAAAGCCAAGGAGAUAGAUGAAUACAGACUGAAAGAUCACUAUCUGGAAUUUGAGAAAACCCGUUAUGAAAUUUAUGUCAGCAUUCUAAAAGAAGGAGGCAAGGAGCUCCUGAGUAACAAUGAAAUUGAGGCUGCAGGACUGAAGAAGUCACAUUCAAGUCCUUCACUGAACCCAGAUUCAUCUCCAGUCACAGCCAAGGUCAAGCGUAAUGUGUCAGAGAGGAAAGAUCACCGACCUGAAACACCAAGCAUUAAGCAAAAAGUUACUUAGAAUCGAUCUGUGACCAGGAGGUACUGGUCAUGGAGCAAAAUAGAGUUUUUCAAGAUCUUUCUGGUAAACCCGUGAAUAUAUUUUUAAAAAGUUUGUGACUAAAUGGUGCAUUAGUAACCUUUUCUAUUGUAUAGUUUUGUUAGUUUCUGUACUGAUUGUCUCUUUGCUCUUGAUUACUUUGCUUUGAUGAUUUUUGCUACUUGAUGACUAAUGCACCUUUUUUUGUGAAGGGGAGGGGGAUCAUGAUUUCAGAAUGAAUUAUGUGUCACUUU